AUGGCAGCGUCGGCCGCCUCCUCGGUUCAUAUAUCCAACAUGUCUCCCACGUCGGUGUCGCCUCCGGUACCGCCGCCGACUCCGAUAUCGACCUUGACCGCGCUCUCGAAAUCGCCCCAGGAGUCGAAGGCAAGCUCUCCGAUCCUGCUGCCACGCUCCUCCUGCUCGGAGGACACAUUGCCCCUCGCCGUGUUUUAUGGGCCGCUGGACGCUAAAAACCCGCUCCUGGCCUCUUGUGAAAAGGAGAUCCGGGAGUUGCUAGGUUUUAUGAAAAGAAAGGAGACUAUAGCGACCACGGAGGACCAGGAGUAUGAAUUCCACCGGCGCUGUGCCGCCUCUUUGUUUAAUAUUUGGACCAAAUACGCCCCCCGGCUGCCAGCUGCCUAUUACAACGAAAAACUUCUGAAGGUUGGAGAUAGCCUUUGUCAAAUGAAAGAAUACAAAUUGGCCCUUUUACAGUGCUAUGGGAGAUAUCUGCAGCAGUUCAGCACCAACUUGGAUGAGACCAAAGCAGAUGUGACUCAAUUCAAAACCGUGUUUUUUCCAAAUGGCUUUGGAGAUGAAACAGCUGGGCUUACAUUUCAUGCUUUAAACAGCAGGAAUAUUUGCAGCUACCAGCUGGUCUGUGAGAGUGAUGAAAACCUGCAGAAUAAGGAAUCUGUGGUCCAGUGUCUGCACAUCUUGUCCUCCCUGAGGCUCAUCAUGCAGGUGGCUCUGCCACACGAGCACUUCUGCUGGAUCAUCUUCAAUGGUACCAUUUACAUUUACACCAUUUGCAGAAAACUGAUGAUGAUAGGUCAGUCUUCAAAGGCCUUAGAAUAUCUGCUGUGGGCCAGUAUGUGCAUGGAGUCCUCGGUGCCCCUCCUGUCUGCCAGGCACUUGACGUGGAGAGCCACACUCUACACCGCUGUCUGCCAGUGCUACUACGACUGCCAGUGUGGUAUUCAUGGCGAGUCAUUUGCUCGGCGUGCCUUAGCUAAAAUUGAUGAGUUAAGACAACUGGAGUUAAUGAGUUCCUUACAAUCACAGGAGGAAUCUACAAGAUCUUAUAGAGAGGCCACGAUAAAGAUGGCAGUGAUGAUCUUCAAAAGAGGAGUAUUUGAAUCUAGAAGAAAAAACAAGGUUUUCUUUAGACCAAAGCAAAGAGUUAACCUAAGGGAAGCACAAACUUUGCCAUGGCCACGUACUAUCACUGAACGAUUGUUGGAGGAGAUGUUCGAUAGUGCUGCCUCCCGGUUUCUGGCUGUUUUGGAAGCGCUUACUGAUCCAAACAGGCGAUUACUACACACGGGACCUAUUGCUACAGAUGAGGUGGAGCUUCGUGAUGUCACCACAGAACUGUUUAUAGCAGGAAAAGAACUUUUAAUAGUUUCCAAUUCUGGCACAGAUGGAAUGCUUGGAUUUUCAAAAUCAUCUCUUCUGAAACAUGUAAUAGAAAGAAAAAAUACCAUUUCUCUGGAUGCUGCUGUGAAAUUUAUAAAAUUAGCUUUUAAUUAUGAGGAAUGGAGUUUAUUUGAAUCAGCAGCUUCACAACUUACUUAUUUUCUCCAGAAACAGAAUUAUCCAGAGUCAAAGAAAGCAGAGAUGGAUUUAACUCUUCUUCUUGCAAUAGAACCUGUGAUCAAUGUAAAGAGAAACAAAGGUUUGGUCUUUCCUUUGGAAAACUUCAAAGAAAGCCAGUGUGUUCAAGCAUAUGUAAGAAAAGUGGCUCUUCAUGAUUCUUGUGUGAAAACGAUUGGCUAUGCAGAAGAUAUUUUCCGGUUGGCAGCGACCUUAUAUUCCUGUGUCUGCUUCUCUCCCCAGAAUGUUCAGCCCGAUAGAGAAAUAGUUGUGGAUAUGAUAAUGUUCCUGUGGCAGAAAUGCAAAUUAGGAAUUCAGAAGAUCAAUAUAUCCAAAAAUGACUAUGCAAAAUUCACCCAGAAAAUCAGUAGUAACAAGUGGGUUCAUCUUCUGUGGCAGAUUAAUGAAGUAAUUCAUAGCUACAAAAUGGAAGGCAUUGACAUUGUGGUGGUGGCAGAGGUCACGUUAAGAUUAAGUGAAAUAUUGGAGUGUUUGGGAAGCCCAACAAGAAGAUUCAAAAAAUCUCUAGGUAAAAUAUUGAAUGAAAAAUAUGAGACUGUUCAUGUAAGUACAGAUGUCAAUAUGUAA